AUGGCCGCCAUACGGAAUUUGUUCAAAUACCUCGAAGUGAAGAAUGACGGUGACGAUCAUGCCGAAGAUCGAGAGGGAUAUGACUCGCUGAAAAACCUCAACCCUGACACUCGUCCUCUAGAGCCGGCUAGGCGAACAUUUGGUCCUUGGGAAUUCGUCACCUUGUGGGUGAUCACGGGCUCCUUCAACAUUGGAGGCUGGACAACUGGCUCAUCGUUAAUCGCUUAUGGAUUAAAUGUCUGGCAGGCCAUGUUGACAGUCAUCAUAGGAAACGUUAUUGUCGGUUUCCUCUGCGUGAUGACUGGUGCGCCGGGAGCAAAAUGGCACAUCGGCUUUCCGAUCAUUCAAAGAGCUCCAUGGGGAGUCAACGGGUUUGCCUUUGUUGUGAUUCAGCGAGUCUUUUUGGCAUGUAUCUGGUUCUCGACUCAGGUUUACUGGGGUGGGCAAUGUGUCAAGGUUGUCUUAACGGCGAUAUGGCCCUCAUUUGCCAAUGUUAAUACUUCUCUGGCUGGUGGGACAAUGACGACUGGAGAUUUCACCUCAUUUAUUAUUUUCACUGUCUUAUACUACCCAUUUAUUUGGAUCAAGCCAGAAAAGUAUAAGAUUCCCUUUCUCAUUUCCUGUACCGCGGUGAUACCGACUAUCAUCGUAACUUGGAUCUGGUUCAUGGCAAAAGCUCAUGGAGUCGGUACUCUGGUCACAAAUGUUAGUACAGUGUCCGGAGUUAGUCAAGCAACUGGAAGUCACCUGGGUUGGAUGAUGGUACUCGGUAUCUGCACCAUGAUCAACUCUAUGAGCGUACAUGUCUAUGUUCAGUCUGACUAUACUCGCUACGCACGAAAACCAAAGGAUCAGAUCCUUGCACAACUGGUUAUGGUACCCAUGGGAACAAUCGUUGUUGCUCUGAUCGGAAUUAUUUGCACAUCCUGUGCAGCUCAACUAUUUCCGGAGCAGGAAGGAACCUUACUCUGGGCGCCGUACGAUCUAUACAGUGCCCUUCAAGCCCAUUACGGAAAUUCGUCUCGUUCACGCGCUGCUGUGGCUUUUGGCGGCCUCUCUUUCAUGAUUGCUCAGUUUGGUAUGGUGGUCGCCAAUAAUGGGGUUGCAGCCGGACUCGAUCUAUCUGGGCUUUUCCCACGUUACUUCACAAUCCGGCGGGGGAUGAUCUUGCUGUCAAUGAUCUCAUUUAUUGUGCAGCCAUGGUCUCUGCUAAAUGGUGCCAGCAAAUUCCUGACUGUUCUUGGUGGUUACGGCGUCUUCAUUGGACCCAUGACUGGUGUGAUGUUUAGCGACUACUUCUUGGUUCGCAGACAAAUUCUCAAACUGAGUGAUCUUUACGAGUACAGUUCCAAGAGUAUCUACUGGUACCAGAAGGGAUAUAAUUGGCGUGCUUUUGUCGCCUGGAUGAUGGGAGUCUGGAUAACAUUACCGGGAUUCGCACGGAUGGUACAGCAAGGCUCCGCUGAUCCGUGGGCAGGAUGGUCAAACCUAUAUGACCUGUCUUAUAUUCUAGGCUGUUUGCUGAGUGUUGUGACAUACUAUGUCCUUCAUAGAGUCUCACCUAUUACUGGUCUCGGCGUACAGGAUGAUGAGGAUUAUUUCGGUACUUUUACGACUGUUCUUGAGGGUGUCGGUGGUGUAGGCAGCGCGUCAGAAAUAAUAGAAGAGAAAACCAAAUAUUCUGUCUGA